CAAAUUUUUAUAGAAUACCCAGCCGCUAAAAUGAAGAGGACAUUUUGGAAGUUCAACACAAUCGAUGUCCAUAUCAUUGCCGUAAUUUGGAUCGCACUGAUGUACGCGUUCGUGGUAACGCUCAUGUUUUCCGUUGUUCCGGCAAGACAACAGUAUUUUUAUUCUCUCAUUUACUCCUCCAAACCGGACAAGAUGGACGUCAUUUUCCUCAUUUUUCUCAUUUUCGAAGCAUACGCAAAGACUUCUCAGGUAUUGAUGAUGGCGACAGAUGUAUUCUCAAUCUUGCCCACGCUGCUCCCUACAGCCUUCUGGAUGGACUACUUUCGCAGAAUUGAUCGGAUCACGACCCCGUUUUCUGAGAAGAUCUCACUAUUUCAAAAAUUCCACGUGCUUAUCGCCUACUACAACCACGCCUUCGUCUCACUACUCCCUCCCACGAUAUCCGUCUGUAUUCCUGCCGCCAUGUGCGUCACGAGUUGCUUUGGUGCCGUUCGAUUUCGUAGCUUUCUCCCAAUUUUCGAAUACAUCCCGUUUCCCAUAAUGUUCAACAAUGACCUGAUCUUCAUUGUCGUGACGCUACUUCCCGCCGCUACUAUUUACGAAGUAUCGGACAAACUACGGCGGCACAUUCGUAACGAAGUUAACUCGAGCAGUGACAAAGUUUCGAGAAAACGUUCAGCUGCCCUGCACACUUUUGGAGUAAGGAUGGGUCCAAUUAAAAAAGUGCGAAAUAUUGCAAUUCUGAUGUGCUAUAAUUUUAUAGCAAAUUAUAUUUUUACCCUAUUGAUAACGUUUCCACAGGAUAAGGUGACUCGGUAGAUUAAAAUGUAUGUAUAAAUAUAUUUAUUCAUGUACUUAUGUAUGUACAUAUGUAUG